CAAUACUAACACGCGAACCAUUAUCGACCAAAAAAAAAACACAAACAGAAACACCAUCAUCAUUCAAUUCCAUAUUCAUCGGAAUCUCACUUCACAUUUCCGAUGCCUCGUAAACGCUUCGGAACACCGGAACCCAAAACAGGUUUACAACAUGCCCAAUAUUUUCUGAAGAAAAUAGGUCUAGGACCAAAUAACUACUACUUCUGGAAACAAAUUGGGAAGGCUUUGAUAUGCACCUAUGCAGUGAUGGGUGCAGCUUGGUUAUACAAUGAGACAUCGCCGUUGGGCUGGUGGACGCUGAAGCCGAUGCCAAAGGAAGAGAGGGAGAUGGCUCAUUUGUACGAGCGGCGUGAGUUUCCGUGGCCUGGAGACGAAGAAGCUAUGGAGGAGUUUGUUAAAAGGGGUGGAAUGAUUGGAACAACUAUUGGACCUAAAGGGAUGGCGGAGAAUGAUAUGGAUGAAAGUGAUUAUAAGAAGGAGCUUAAGAAUAAGAAGUUUGAGCAGGAGGCUCAGAAGCUUUGGUUUAGGAUGAGGAAUGAAGUUAUUGCUGAGCUUCAGGAAAAGGGAUUUGAAGUAGAAUGAGUGCAUUUGAUUGAUUUCUCCCAUGUUGGGGGAAAAACACUUCAUUUGUAGUGGUAAAUAUAGAAUGUCAUCUCUUCAAUAAAUCAUGGUAGUAUAUUGAAAAGACUAAUCAGUUUGUUGUUUUUUGAUGUUGGGGUAUUAUUUAUGUGAAUUUUGUAUCUGAUAUUGCAUCUUCCAUUAUUGAAUUUGGCUUCAUUUGUGCACCUUUAAGCAAUGGGAGUGCAACAGUACAACAUAUCAUUGUCAAGAGGAUGAUUGUUUCUUUGUGUGUAAAGAUCAAAAGCACAUUAGCCAUUUACCCAAGCUUGUUUAUGUAUUUGGAGUAGUUUGUUUUGUGAUAAUACAGCUAUUCCUUAUAAACUGUUUUUGCUACAUGAAUAAAUAAGUCAAAAUUAAGCAAAA